CUUUCAUUUUCGUUAUCUUGUCAUAGUACAGGAAAGAGACUGACUCUCUCUGUCUCAGUCCGGCUCUGCUUCCCGUGGAGUGCGCUACACGUCCCACCCUUAUAAAGUUCAGAAGGUCGGCCUUGAAGAACCACUGAUAACGAAGAAUGAAGAUAGGAAUUAGACUGAGCCUGCUAUCAGCGUUGAUAGCAACAGCGCUGACUGCAUCUCCCUUGGGGGAACUAGGGGCCAGACGACCUCCGAAUAUCUUGGUGAUCUUGGCCGACGACUUGGGCAUAGGGGAUGUCGGUUGCUAUGGCAACGAUACUAUCCGGACUCCCAACAUCGACAGACUGGCAGCAGAAGGGGUCAAGCUGACACACCAUCUGGCAGCUGCGCCUAUGUGCACUCCAAGCAGGGCUGCCAUGAUGACAUCCCGAUACCCAGCUCGAUAUGGUCUCGUGCCAAACGAGAGACUUGAGACGGUCGUGAUUCCCCACAUAUCAAGUAGGGUCGCCCUGCCACUCGACGAGGUCACGCUGGCAACUGCACUCAGGGCUGCCAACUACACCACGGCCCUAGUCGGAAAAUGGCACCUUGGAAUGUAUUGCAACCUAUUUGGGGAAUCCUGCCCUGGCCCUCUAAAGCACGGCUUCGACACCUUCUACGGCAUUCCAGUGACGCUCUUCAUGGAGUUCAGAGGUCCUCAUCCCUUCUGGGUUUUCGAUCUCGAGAAACCAGGAUUUCAGAGACUGGCCUUUACUUGGCUUCUGAGCGUCGUAAGUCUGGCAUUUGCAAAGAAAAAGCUGAAGUGGAGCCUGUUCACGCUGGUGUUCCUUCUUCUUCUGACACAUGCAAUUCUUUUCGUCUUCUGGUUCUUCACUGCUCACGUCGGGCUCGACAAAGGAAGUUUAUGGGGCGUGUCGAACUGGUUACACAGGGCAGCCAAUUCCAGGAUCUUCCGCCAAGACAAGGUGGUCGAAAGCCCCAUCGAAUUGGACGGACUUUCGCAGCGUCUUGCGGCAGAAUCUCGCAAGGUCUUGGCUGACUUUGCCAAGGACGACAAACCCUUCUUCCUGUUCCACUCUCUCGCCCACGUACACACACCUAUGUUCAAUGCACCCAAUAGGGAAAGAGCCAGCAAACACGGCAGGUACGGAGACAACAUAGAAGAGAUGGACGAAAGCAUCGGCACUGUGCUGGAUUCUCUGAAGGAAUUUGGCCUGGAGGACAACACUCUCGUCUACUUCACCUCUGAUCAAGGGGGCCACCUGGAAGCCAUCGACGACGACGGACAGCGCAUCGGGGGACACAAUGGUCUGUUCAAAGGAGGCAAAGCCCAAGGAGGACCUGAGGGAGGAAUUCGAGUAGCAGGAAUCUACCGGUGGCCUGGGCACCUUCCAGGAGGCGCGGUUGUUGACACUCCGACGUCUCUCAUGGACCUCAUGCCCACUUUCUUGGACUUAGCAGGCUUACCACCACUGGGAGAACUUGUACCCAGCGCAGCGAAUAAGGAUCUUGAUGGCCAAAGCAUAGCUGAUCUUUUGAUGAACGGCGACAGAUCCCCACCACAGGAGCGGAUCAUGAUUCACCAUUGUCGACAGGCCAUACGGGCUCUUCGACUAGUCAGAGGUGACCACAUCUACAAAAUGCACUUGGCCAAAGUGAAAUGGUUUGAAGGAAGCACUCAGUGCGGAUGGGGUCACACCACCGGAUGUUUUUGCUACGGUGAUAAAUUCCACUUGGAUAUAUCUCAUGCCCCAGAGCUGUAUGACCUCGCAGUUGACCCCUACGAAGAUAAGCCCAUUGACCCGGAAACAAAGGAGUACAAGGAGAUCGUCGACUUUUUGAGGAUGUACUUAAAGAAUUGGCAGGGGUCUGUGCAUUACCCCGAUCCUCCAAUGAGCAACAUGGCUGACGUUAUGUGGAGGCCACAUCACCAGCCAAUGUGUUGGCACUGUUAAGUCCUCGGCAAUAUCCUCUGGGUCAAAAGAACCUCCAAAUCCAGGCAAGAGCUCGGCUGUCAGCAUCAGUAAAUAAGCUGUGUUCAUAAUAUCACUGAUUUUAUCGCACCUGCUAUGAUUUUCUAAGUGACGUUGGUUGUAAGAUCUCAGUCAUAAAAGAUUUCUGUUCUAGAAGUUACUUUGUUGCGAUAGGAAACUGUGGCGUGUUGAAACGACAACCAUUGUCUACAGACAAGCUUUUUUAUAUAAAAAAAAGUAAGAUUAUGAAACUAGUUGCUAUAUUCAGUGAAUUUUACGAAAUCAUAUGUCAACCUUUGAUUUGCAUAUUACAUUGAAUUGUUAGGAUUAAAGGAAACGGCCCAUCGGAAGAGAAUAAUAACAACAAACAUCUUAAAGAAUAAAUUACAUGGACUUUGUAGAAUGACAUAUGAUAUUAAUAAAACUGAUAAAUACA